AUGGAUUCAACCUGGGAACUCACAUCCUCGAUGGCGGCCUUCAAGCCCUACGACAGGCCCUCCAGCGCUCGUCCGCUCCUUGUAUGCGGCAUCCACCGCCGUCUUUCCGACAAGCAAAUCGAGAAGCGUACAUCCAAAGUCAUCUACCACCGCUCUCAUGGCAGCAAUGAGAAGCCAGGAUCCUGUAUCUGCGACUACACCGAAUUCCCGGAACUUCUCUCGGAACGUCUCAACUCUCAGAAAAUGCCCUGCUCCAUUCCCUCCCAUGGAAAGUCCUUCAUGGAUCUCCCCACCGAGAUGAGGAUAAAAUGUUACGAAGCCGCUCUGAUCUCUCCUGACUCAAUCGAAUUCUGCCCCAUGCCCUUCAACUUCACCGGUCGCGCUCCGUCCGGGAAAGAAGCUCAGGAUGCCUUUGACGACGCGUGGUGCCCAGUCGAAGUCUAUCACACUCAACUCAUCGCCCGAUUUUGCGCCCGCGCCAAACUCCUCCGUGUCAGCAAGACCAUCAACGCCGAAGCGACUCCGGUUUUCUACGGUGGGAACCACUUCGCCUUCAGCAAUAUCUCCGGUUGGGUCGGAUUGCUAUUGUUCAUGUACCGCAUUGGGAUGCACAACUGCCGACUGCUCCGGCGAAUGACCGUUUGUCACCCCCUCUUGAUGUUGAAGCCGCAGUCGCUCAAAGCAGACGACCAUUUCCGCCGCAGUAUCGUUGCAUUGUUCUUCCCUUCCUCAGCGCAUUCGUGGGGCUUCCUACCAGCGAGAUGGUUUGAUCACGGAAGACCAAUGGAUGGCAAACUCGUAUUGGAGAAGAUCUCGAAGCUAAAGGAACUAAACAUCAUCGUUGACUGUCCCCAAACUAUGGGCAUGUGGGACGGAGAAGCGGAGAGGGAUUUAGUGGAGGGAUUUGCGAGGCCUUUCCUCGACGAGAACAAGUUUGUGGACCUUCAGGUUACGGUGUUGGAGAUGUGGGAAGAAGGGAAGGGGAAGAAUGAGUUGUUUGUGGAAGGAGAGGAUGGGUUAGCGCCUGACGUGAUAUCCUACUUUGGUUUCCCUGAGGCACCGGGCGCAUGA